UUUGGAGCUCAACCCACUCCAGGCCUGGAAUCAAGGGAUUGUUAUUUUAAGCAGCGCCUAUAUAGGAAAUGAUGUCAGCGCCACUUAGUCAGCGCCUACUCCGUCCCCGCCACCGAGCAAUCGCCGGCCCAAGAAUUGCCAGAAUUGCCCCAGCACGCCGCAGCAGAGAGAAAUGCACGUCGCUUGCCAUGUCUCAAGUCAAGCAUCCAGGGCAUCUUCAACCCCAAUCUUGCAACUCAGCAUCACCUUUCUCCAGCUUUCACCUACCUUCCUCAUCGUGAUUUUGCUGCUGUCUAGCCAGUUGAUUCGUGGCCUCUCUAUAGAUUUCGAGGCUGUUGUGCUUGUUUUCUUCUCUAUAUCCUAUCAACCAGACCGCCCCCUCAGUGCUCCUCAAUGAAUGAUGCCAAGUCGUGAGAGCGUUACCUUGUCGCUGUCAACGCUCACUACGUCCGUCCUCCCCACCAACACCCCGUCUCCGCUACCUGUCCACAAACCGUCUGCUGAGCCGUCUCUAAAUAUACGGCAGCCUGCCACGACGCUAGCUCAGUCUCUUGUAAACCGCCGUAUCGCUCUGCUCCCGCAGCAGAACGGAGAUGUCAUGGAUGGGUUCGGCGGGAAUAUCGGUUCUACCGGCAAGGGCAUCCUGAUCGGGAUUCUCUCUGCCUUUGGUUCCGCGGGUGUUGCAAUCAUUGUGCUUGCUAUCUUCUUCUUUUUCAGAUAUACCCAACGGGGUCGCAUUAUACUCGACCGGAUCGGGAGACCCGGUGAAUAUGACGACGAGCAGGCGUUUGCAAGGGAGGAGGCGGAGGCACUGGAGACGAUGGAUGAGCUUCAGCAGGCAGAAUACCUAAGGGCUAAAGCCUUCAUUCACGCAAACCCACCGGAGACGAUGCAAACCGAUAUCUCCCUUUCACAGUUCUUAGCUAUUCAAGAAAAAGGCGUUUCUGCGUGGGAAUUUGAGCCGGAGCUAGAGAUCGCUAAUUGCUUUGUGGAAGCUCGGACUGAAAUUGAAUUUUUCGAUUCAGAAUGCAGCGUCCAGAGCAACUUACCAGUCCCCAAGCAAAACGAAGUUUAUUAUUGGGAAGCUAAGAUCUAUGAUAAACCCGAAACCAGCCUUAUAAGCAUUGGCAUGACAACAAAACCAUACCCAUUAUUCCGAUUGCCAGGCUUCCACAAAACAUCCGUAGCCUACUUAUCCACCGGACACCGUCGCUAUAACCAACCCUUCAAUCCUGCUCCUUACGGCCCCGAAUAUGUCCAAGGUGAUGUAAUUGGUGUGGGUUAUCGGCCCCGCACGGGAACGAUAUUCUUCACUCGCAACGGGAAGAAGCUUGACGACGCCGCCCAAGGACUAAAAUCUCAGAACUUCUUCCCUACUGUUGGAGCAAAUGGACCCUGCACCGUCCAUGUCAACUUUGGACAGAUGGGAUUUGUUUUUAUUGAGGCCAACGUCAAAAAAUGGGGGCUCGCACCAAUGACAGGUAGUCUAGCACCCCCACCUCCCUAUGGGAGUGAACAAGGUAGUAUUCUGCUGGAAACGGGCCGCGAGGGCCACCAGUCCACACAAUGGCGGCAGCAUGAGUCGGGCCAUUCACGGACACGCAGCGGCACGAUCAGGAUGCCAUACCCCACCAGUCCCGGUCCCGUUCGAUCUCCGACGGACAUUUCUCUUGCCCAACUUCCCCAUGUAUCGGCCGCAGCAGACGUUGGCGAAGGGUCCAGUGGAGCGCCAAACGUAACAGAUGAUCAGGACGAUGGAACAACGAUGCAACCCACCGAUAGGGCAUCGGCUAUUCCACCUCCAGAAUACUCCAGCCCGCGACAGAGUCCGCCCCACAGUGAGUACGGCGAGCAACAUCCACCUCCUCCACGCGGCUCAAGAAGCCCUCCGAUCCCUAGCUACGAUGCAGCUGUAGGAAAUGACGGCGGCCGCCGCUAGCACGAGAGUCAUUAAUUACAUACGACUCGUCCAGCUUUAGUCGCGCUAACCUUCUCCCCCCAAUUGUUUUUGUUUCUCCCUCCUCGUUCAAUCUCCCUCCUCAUAAGGACACCGUCCUUUUAUCGGACAGGCUCUUUUUUUUUCUUCUUGUUUCCCUUUUCAUAUACUUUUUCCCUUACUAUAAUUCCUCAAUUGUCGAUUUAGCGAACAUGGUUUGGGAAGGCGUUCUCGGGUUUAUUUACCUUUGAUUUUUAUGUUUAUGCUUUGACCGGGUGGUACCGUUAACAACAAACUCCUCGUAUAUGUUCAUACCUCCGACGUCCGCCUUACGACACCACUUUACACAUGUUUGUUUUGUUUUUUGCUGUGGUUUGAGUUGAACAGCGUGAGGGAUGGUGAGCUUUGAUUACGGGGCAAUGGACAGCUUGCUAGGUAAAGAGGAGGGAAAGCGGCCAUGUUAAGGCGGGAUGAAUGUGUUUAAACUUCCUUGCUUUGUUCCUUUUUUUUUUUUUUUUUUUUUUUUUUUUUUUUUUUUU